ACAUACCUAAACUUUUGUGAAGCCUAUGACUGUUCGUUGAAGCUCUUUUUCUCAGAAACUCGAAACUCUUAACAAACAAAUCAUUCACGUCUCUCUCUCUGUCUCAAAUUAUACUAAAAAGAUUCAAUCUUUCUCCUUGGAAGUAAAACUAGCGCUGAAAUGAUGGAAGACCCGUCAUCAAAAGAAGAGAUUACACGGGUCCUUAAAGUCCUAGAAGCUCUUAAACAAGCUUCCCAUGAGUUACAAACACUCCCGAGCACCAACUUGACCGAGUCCAACUCACCUGCCAUUAAAGCUUUGUUAGAGCUCGAGACUGAGUCAGAUACAAUUCUCUCAAAAGACCCAUAUCUCUCUGCUCUCUCUCAACACCUUUCUAAGCUCAAAUCCCUUGUUGACACUCUACAGAAAUGCUGUGAUCAUGGCCUUAGAAGUUUUUUGACUCGCAGAGUCUUGAUUCAGUCUAUCUCCCGAGUUGCUGGGUCCAUCGAGUCGGAGAUUCAAGCUUGGAUUGAUCGUGAAAGUAUAGAGAGUUUGAUAAAAGGUUUGAACGAGCCGUUGCAAACUGAGGAAGAUGAUUUGGUGAGUUUGUUGAGUCAGUUUGAGGACCGAGUUUCACAAGGGUUUAACCCUUUGAUUAGAUUUAACAAGGAUGUUUUUGCUGGUCAAGUGUUGAUGGGUCCUUUGAUUCAUGCUCUUGUCUCAAUGGCUUCUUGGGAAUCGAUGAAAGUACUCUGUUCAUUAAUCAAGUCAAUAAAAUCACCACUCGUUGACGAGAUCGAGUCUAAUGGUGAAAUCCCAAAAAUCAUUAGUUUCUUGGACUACAAAGACUUGCAUUGGAGAGUUGUAGCAAUGGAUUGCAUUCUUGAAAUUGGCUAUUUCGGCCGAAAAGAGGCCAUUGAAGCCAUGCUUAGAGAAGGGUUGAUAAAGAAGCUAAUGGAGUUGCAAAGAUCAGAACUUGGUGAGGAUUUGAUUGAUAUGGGAAUGUUUGAUGAUGAGAAAGAGAGAGGUAAAGGAGAGAAGAAGUUUUCAGAGAGUCAUCCAUUUGCAAGUUGUGUGGCAAGAUUUGCAGUUCAAUUAGAGGUGGGAGAAGGGUUAAGGCAAAGAGAGAGGAGGGCAUUUAAGCAAGAGAUAUUGAAGAGAGUAAGGGAAGCUUGUGUUUCUGAUGCUGAGGCUGCUACUGUUAUAGCUGAAGUUCUUUGGGGUUCUUCACCUUGAAAUUGUGUACUAACAAAUUUGGACUAGCAAGAAAUUGGAAAGGUAAUUAAUUUUGACAUGGUUUGGUGAUUUGUUAGAAAUUAUUUUGUUUGUAAUCAUACCUUGUGUCCAUAUAUGUAUUCAUCAAUGGUGUAAAGAAAUUGUUGAACAAAUUGGAAUGUUGGAUUUCAUGAA